UUGGCUGCAGCCCCGCCCUUCCCCAGAUUCUCCCCCAGAGGCGCGGCGCCGGGCGAGAGGCAGCGGGAGCGCGGCGGGGUGCGAGCGUGUGGGACAACUCCUACUUCCUGACAGCUUUUGAUUGGCUUUCCAAAGAGGCAGUGUCCUAUAAAUUGCCAUCCCCACUCUGCUCUAUCACCACCUGAGGGACAGCCUAUUUGAAGGAAGAAGAUGCCAAUUGUCAAAAACGUGAGCAGAGCUGUCAGCCAGCUGCUCCAGAGCUCUGGUUGUGGAUGUGGGAUUUCUGUCGUGCCCGUUCGCUGCAUUGGAGUCUCACCCCGCCAGGUGGCCUCUGAUGCCAGCUUUCACUCAGUUUCUUUCUCUGCAUCUGAUCAUCCUCGGGUGCUAAUUACAGGUGGUCUUGGCCAGCUUGGAGUGGGACUUGCUAAGCUUCUGAGGAAACGCUUUGGAAAGAACAAUGUGAUCUUGUCUGACAUUAGAAAACCUGCGGAUAAUGUUUUCUAUAGUGGUCCUUUUAUAUACGCAGAUAUCUUGGACUACAAGAAUUUACGUGAGAUAGUGGUGAAUAAUCGGAUAACUUGGCUGUUCCACUAUAGUGCUUUGCUGAGUGCUGUUGGAGAAGCAAACGUGCCUUUGGCCAGAGCUGUAAAUAUUACCGGUUUACACAAUGUUCUGGAUAUUGCAGCUGAGCAUAAUUUGAGACUCUUUGUUCCAAGCACUAUCGGAGCUUUUGGACCCACCUCUCCUCGAGAUCCAACUCCUGAUCUCUGCAUUCAGAGACCAAGGACAAUCUAUGGAGUCUCCAAGGUUCACGCUGAGCUCAUGGGAGAAUACUACCAUUACCGGUACGGCCUCGACUUUCGCUGCCUGAGGUAUCCAGGAAUUAUAUCUGCUGACUCCCAGCCUGGUGGGGGAACAACUGAUUAUGCUGUCCAGAUUUUCCACGACGCCAUAAAGAACGGCAAAUUCCAGUGCAACCUAAAGCCAGACACUCGUCUCCCUAUGAUGUAUAUUGAUGACUGUCUGAAAGCGACUCUAGAGGUCAUGGAGGCCCCUGCAGAGGCACUGAGCAUGAGGACGUACAACAUCAGUGCCAUGAGCUUCACUCCUGAAGAGCUGGCACAAGAGGUGCAGAAGCACGUUCCUGAGCUCCAAGUGACCUACAAUGUGGAUGAAGUCAGGCAGGCCAUAGCUGACAGCUGGCCAAUGAACUUUGAUGACAGGAACGCCCGGAGGGAUUGGGGUUGGAAACAUGAUUAUGAUCUCCCUGAGUUGGUGACUACGAUGUUUAGCUUCCUUGGGUCUGACUCCAGGAUUGCUCAAGCAAACUGAAAUACUUCAUAAGAUGUUUCCAGAUUUCCACAGAGGACCAGGAAGAAAUGGCUAAAUUAGUUUAUGAUUUUCUGAGUCUUAGAGCAUGUCAGUUAUUAAUUUUCAUAAGUAGCAAUAGAGUUGGGCAGAAACAUACUGUAGCUGGAACAUACUGCAAGAUAAACAACAUCAUUUGGUGCUGUCUCUAAGCACAGCACCAAUGACAAACACAGAAUUCUUGAACUUUCACACUUAAGCAGCUAGAAAAAAAAAAAAAAAAGAAAAAAGGCACUUACUCCUGGCUGAUGACUCUCCAAUCAUUCCUGCUGCCUGCCUCUUCUUUGGCAAACAACGUGGGACAGUAUUGUCAAACCUGGCGUUUUGGGCGUAUCCCACGAAGUUAACGACAGGGUUUUCAUUUUCCUGGUGGAGGAUGUUAGAUAGUAGUAAGAUAUCCUUUCUACUCUUUGCUUACAAAAGAGAGAUCAGAAGAGCUACUUCAUGUUUCCAAAUUGCAGGGGUCGUUGCAAUUGUAGUUUGAAAUCAAACUUUGGUUGAUAGUUCCUAUUUAUGUAUAUAUAUGUAUAGCUGUAUAAACAUACACUUUUCUAUACAUAUGGCAUACAAAGUAGCGUUAUUCUUAUAAUGCUUGUAAAUGUGAAGGGGAAUAGGACUUGAAUUCUCAUUGUGCUUUAAAAAAACAGGGUUUACAAGCUAAGCUUUGUCCUGUUCUUUGAAAGUGCUGCUGCCUUCAGUUCAAUCUCAGAGGCAGACCUGAAAUCUGAAGAGCUGUUACGUGUAUGUGAAUCUGGGGUGUAAUUCAAGAAGGCAGUGCCCAGGUAUGGGUUUAUGGUUAAUUAGCACUACUUUUGGUUGUUACCCAGUUGUUUGCCGUGCUAGCACAGUGACGUACUGCCUGGAGCAAGUGUUCAAGGUGGGCUGAUGAUGGAGCCUUACGGCAGAGUCAAGUCAGCCUUUGAAAUCUGUUCAUGUUCACUACAUUUUCCACGUGCACUGGAAGUGUAUUUGUAGAUGCUAUUUAUGUCUAACUGUCAUACGCUUUUAUUCUAUAGAGAGGGAUCCAGAAGCUGAAGCCAUCUUCUAGCUACAGUUAAGGGCUGUUCUGCACAUUGAGUUUCGUGCACGAGAGAUUCUGGGAUUAACAAGGAAGUCUUAAUAGAUGCAUGCAAGGAAGAUACGUCUAUUCAAAAGCUACUUAGGAGACUUUGAGAAAUGACAAACUGGAGAGACAGGAAAGCCAUUUUAGGUAAAAUACCAGUUUCUGUGGAUGUGAAUCUGAGCCAUCAGCUACUGUAGGUGUAGCUUGCCUUGAGAAACAGCAUCUGGGAACUUUUGAUUUUAUUUUUUUUCAAAGAAAAAAUAUCUUUCAUUUUCAAAAUGACUGGAAAUUCCCUAUAUGAAUCUCUCCCUCUUUUUAGCCUUGUAUACUCUUAAUGUAGGAAAACACAUUCAAGUAUUUUUUUUUUUUUUUUUUGCCUACAACCUGUUUGCUGUGUUUUCUGUGACCAUGCUUUGGUAGUUGCGAGUCUGUUACGCUCUCUGUAACCCUGCAGUGUUCCCUCACUAAGUGGUUAACUGACAUGACCAGAUUUCUGUCUCUUUGUGAAAGAGUCUACAUGCUGCAGGGAGUAUGUUUUCUCAUGAAAGUAACGUUCAAAUGAAGAUUCUGUGGUGAAACCCAGUUAUUUUAAACAUUUGUUAAACUUGUAUCUCUUGUUUUUUUAUGUCUUACUGUUUCAUCUCUUGGCAAAGUUAUGUGUUUCCCAAGUAUUUAAGCUCAAAAACCUCUAAGGUUGUGGCCUCUUAUUGAAACUUUUUUUUUUUUUUAUAUUGUUUACGUUUCUGAAAAUACAAGUUUUUAAACUUUGGCCGCUGUUGUAACUAUCACAUUGUUCAAGUGUAAUAUUUGGCCCAAUGGGCCAGCAAAGUUGGCCCUCUGUUCGCACCUUACAAGGAAAAACUGGCUCAGGUUUUGUCCUCUGCCCUGCCAAAACAGGAUUAUCUCCUAGUAAACUGUCACACUGUGUCAUCGUCUGAAGGGCUUUGGUAUGAAAGACUGGAAUGAACAAGACACUUCCUCUCGUAUUUCAGACCCUGGGGCCUCCUCAUUGCAUCUGUUGCACGAGGCAUGUGAAAUAGUUGUUGAGAGGUCUCACUCCGUUUCUUUACUUCACCCAAAGUCAUGGGGUUUACUCCCCUCACCCUUGCUCAGAGCUCCAGUUAACACCAGCAAGAGUGAAGAGUGAGAAUGUUCUUCUGAAACGCACUGUCCUUGGCUGUGGCAUUGCAUAAAAGCUUUGCAUAAGAUGUUACAGUGAAGGUGAAAUUCAAACCUAUGCUAUUUUGUUCAAAAGUUUGGGUUUUUUGUUUUUGUUUUUUUUUUUUCCCUCCUGUCAAAAGUAGCUGACAUGUUUUAGGAGCAGCCAUUUAAGAAACUUCUAUUUUUCAAAAUCUAAAAUAAACCAUAUUUCAGUAAAGAGUCGUUUGGAGGUAACAGUGUGGUGAUUAUCAGGGAGUGUGAUUCGAUGUGUCGACAAGGUCUGAGUCCUGUUUGAAAUUCUGCUUUUCAACCUGUGACCAAUGAUGCAUGUCUUUUUUUUUUUUUUUUUUUCCAUGUCUUCCCCAUUAACUUCUUUUGUAACUAUGUUACAGUAUUUUCUGUAUUAAGCCAAUUUGAUGUGGUACAAAACAUCUAACUUUUGCUACUAGCCUGAAGUUUGACUUCUGGGUAAAGACUUCUCUCAUGACAUUUGAGCAUUGUAGCUGUUACAGUACCUAUUCAGGAAAACAAAAAAAAAGUUGUUAAGAAUAUUUUUUCAAAUAUUUCAAGUUGUGGAUGAUACCUCCUUUAAUAAAAUCCUAUGCAGAUGUA